AUGACUUCCAGAAGACCAAUGGCCCGUUCUUACUCUGGCAACGGGAGGUCCGGCGGCAGCUACAAUGAGGAGGAGCCCAGCUCUUCAAAUGGCCGCUUGGAGAGCAGCAACUACCUCUCCAAUGUCAGGCCUGAAAACAGGUAUUCUCAAUCCAGGUCAUCGAGGAGUACAUUGUUAGGUGUGAUGGCUCAGCUGACUGAGGACACCCAGCCUGUAUUUGAGACCACCGUUAAAUCCAAGGCUGUGUCAGAGAAUUGUAAUGUGAAGUUGACAUGUGUGGUUACAGGUAACCCAGCCCCAGAACUGACGUGGUACCGAGACGACAUGGAGUUGGACCGAUACUGCGGUCUUCCAAAAUAUAAAAUUGGCUGCAAUGGAAAAACUCACACACUCCAUAUUUACAACUGCACAGUGGAUGAUGCAGCCAUCUAUCAGGCUUCAGCCAGGAACAGCAAAGGCAUUGUCUCCUGCUCUGGGGUUCUGGAGGUAGGCACCAUGAGCGAGUACAAGAUCCACCAGAGGUUCUUUUCCAAGCUGAAACAGAAGGCAGAGAACAAGAAGAGGGAGUUGGAGGAGAGCAGGAAAAGGGGCAAGGAGAACAUCCAGAAAGAGCCUCUGGAACAGCAGCCUCUCCGAAGAAGCCCGAUCCCAUCUCAGAGGAAACGCCGGGCCUCAAGUGUCCCCUCCUCACCACCAGAUGGGAAGGAGAUCACAGUCAGCCAGGGGGCAGAGGCUGUGGAGCAGCUAGCACCUGCUGUUGAAGAACCUAAUGGGGUCAGUGUUAAAGCCAGUGAACCGGCUCCAGUAAAACCUACAGAGAAUGGGGGCAAAAUUCCCAACAGAGAAACCAGAGAAGCCAAAAAGAAAAUAAAGAUCUCAAAUGGUGUAGAUUCUGGUGUUGUCAGCAGUAGUCAUACAGGACCAGGCAGUAGUCAUACAGGCCCGGGCACCGGAGAGAAUUCAUAUGAUGGAGGGAUAAGUUUGUCUCAAUUUCUGGCAGAUACCCUUCAUUCGCAGUCUGCUGAAGAAAAGAUCCCUGCACAAGUAGAGGAAACAUUGGCAGCGGAGACAAUGGAUACUACUGUUGCUGAUCCUGAAACAGAUGUGAGAGAGGAGAAAGGGAGCGAGAUGGAGGACAGAGAGUGGAUGGACAGAGAGAGGAUUCUUGGAGAACAGGAAAGAGAGAAAAUGAGAGGGGGAGAACUGUCAAUUGAGAGCGAAAAAGAAAGAGCAAGAGAAGCAGAACAGUUGCAUAGGACAACAGCACAUAGCAACACAGCCUCAGAAGUCAAAAUGGAGGCUAAGACACAUGCCCACAAGGAGGGAGAUCAUCACGAUCACCACCACAUGCAGGAAACUCUUUCCAAUGUGCUCCACUCAGUCAAAUACUUUUUCUUUGGUAAAAGCAAGAAGGAUCACACUUCUCAUGAUCAUCAUGUGAAAGGUCAGGAGAGCGAGAGAGGUCAUGCAUUAGCCCCAACACAGCCAUACCCUAGCCUUCCACAUCCACAAGAGCAAGAUGGUCAACCAGAGGUGUAUAAGACCCCCACAGAGGAGACAGUACCCAUGGAGGUAGAUGGGCUACAAAAAGCUCCGAUAACUCUGUUACCACACCAGCAGCCAGAUUCAUUGGAGCGGUUGAACCCAGAUGAACACGAGCGUGGAAUUACUAUUUCACACCCAGAAGAACCCCCUUCAGCUUCCAAAAGAGCACCAGAGAGUGUGCCUCAUUCACUGAAGCAUGUUGAGCAGAGGGCCAUGGAUGUAUGUCUGGAGGUAAUCAGCAACACUACAGAGACAGUGCCCAUGUCUGGCCCUCCAGCCCUCAGUGAGGCUGCCGAGGAUCAGACCCAGGCAGACUCAGUCCCCCACAUGGUUGUCUCAGCCCCACAUGAGAUAAACAUCCAAGUGUUUUCAUCCGGGACUGAUCAGGUGACAAGAUUAAAUGAUAAAACUGAAGAUUUACACAAACAGGGUAUAUCUGACUCUACACGGAACCCAGACCCCAGCAGUGGAGCAGGUCCCCACAUGUCAAACCUAACUAGUAUGGAUGACAGUGAGAGUGCUCCUAACAAUAAUGUCCCACCCACAGUCAGCCAGUGCCUCAUCGAAAGUGAAAAAGAGAAGGAAAUGCAUGUGGAUGACAAGGGCAUUGAAAGUGUCUAUAAGAAUCAUGAAGAGAAAAAAGAAACAACAAUCCAAAAAGCUGAGGACAUCAGUAUUACAGAAACUGAUAAGGUAAAACCACUCAAAGAGUCAAGGAUAGAGUCUUACAUCAUUGGCGAUGAACCAAGAGAAAGAACCCCUAUUGAGAGGCUUGCUGUCAAACCCCCAACACCCCCCAGGAGUCCCAGUACUCUUCGUAGGUUAAUGUCCAGGACUCCCCCUGCCAUUACUGUGGAUGACCCUGCUAACAGUGAGAAGUCAGGAUUGGAGCAGAGUGGUGGAGACACCCCAACAUCCUCCCUGUCUUGUGAGAGCAGCCCCAAGCUGAAAAGAAAGGACAGUCUGACCCUCAUCCGCUCUGCCACGCCUGAGGAGCUGGCAUCUGGAGCUCGCCGCAAGAUCUUCAUCCCCAGGGAGGGAGAAGGGGUAGUGGUGGCGCUGGGUGUGGGUGGUAGCCCACUGGACACCCAGGUCAAGGAGGCGGCUCCAUACUUGUCGCCCAGUCAGGCUCGCAGGGCAGCAUUCCUGCAGGCCCCAGCAGGCUCACAGACCCCACCGCUGGAUAGACGCUCCCCUCUGCUGAGCCGUAGGAAGGCAACUCUGGAGGUGCCUAAAGUUGUGGAGACCAACACAGAGGAGCCAGAGAGCCCAAAGACUGAGGUCAAACCUCCUGAAAAGGAGAAGCUGAACCCCUUCAAAGCUCCUCAGGUUAUCCGUAAAAUCAGGGGAGAGCCCUUCCCAGAUGCCUCAGGACACUUGAAACUCUGGUGCCAGUUCUUCAACGUGCUCAGUGACUCCUCCAUCAAGUGGUACAGGGACGAGGAAGAGAUAGUUGAGGUGAAAAGAAGUGGAGGAGAUGAGAGCCAAGUAGCGCUGGCCAUCGUCCAGACAUCCAGUCAAGAUUGUGGGGUGUACGGCUGCACAAUCAAGAAUGAAUUUGGGACUGAUUCAACUGACUUCCUUCUCAGCGUAGACUUACUUUCAGAGUACUUCCUGCGUGAGGAUUUAGAAGUUGGAGAAGAGAUAGAAAUGACUCAAAUGCUAUUCACCAAAGGCCUAGCAGACCCGGGAUACUGGGGGGAGAAAUUCUUUGGGCGCAUCAUGACACAAGAGGCCCACCUGGGAGAGGGCUGUGCACACAAGGCCUGCAGGGUGAAGGUCAUCUAUGGCCUGGACCCUGUGUUUGAGUCCGGAACCAACUGCAUCAUCAAAGUACAAAACCCCAUCGCCUAUGGGACCAAUGAGGACAGCAACCUUGCAGAGAGAAACAUGGAAAUUACUAAGCAGGAGUGCAAAAUCCAGAACACAGUUCGGGAGUAUUGCAAAAUCUUUGCUGCUGAGGCGAGGGUGAUUGAAAACUUUGGCUUUUCACUGGAAGUGAGCCCUCUUUAUCUGAUGUACCGCCCUGCCAACUCGGUCCCAUAUGCCACUGUAGAGGCUGACCUGAAGGGCAUCUUCCUCAAGUACUGUAUGAUGGAUGCCAAAGGCAGGCUGAUCACCAGAGCCACCUCAGAGGUGGAAAUGAAAUGCUGCUCCUUCCAGCAUUGGAUCCACCAAUGGACAAACGGCAACUUACUGGUCACUGGGCUGGAGGGUGUUGGACCAAAGAUCACUAAAGUUAGAAUCGUCACAAAAUUGAAGGGGUAUCAAGGCCUUACAGAGGAUGGUUCUCCUAAGGUGUUUGAGCAGUUCCUGACUCAGCAUCAGUGUAACUACUACUGUGGGCUUCUCAGCCUGAGAACCCUGAAGCCCAUGGACACCCUGCAGCAGCCCCCCAAAAUCAAAGUCUCCCGAAGCCCCCUGCUCGGCAGGAAGUUGGGCUCAUCCAGCCCUCAGCUCAACAGGAAGUUGCUCUCAUCCAGCCCCCAGCUACAGAGAAAAGGACUGAACAGCCCCUUGACAACCAGAAAGCCAACCUCCAGCCCAAAGGUGCCAAGAAAGACUGGGGAGACAGAAAACAAGUCCACAGCCAAACCCAAUGCCGAUGACAGACUCAAAGUUGUGGUAUGAGGUAAAAACGACAAAAGGGAAUACAUAUCAAAACAGCUUCCCUUUUCCUUCAUGCAAACAUUCAACUUUGUUUUCCUGUCACC